CAGAGCGGCUUUCAAGUGAAACACAGAGCUAAUCUGGUGAAUCGAUCAAAUCCCCAUUCCACCUUCAUGACCAAGUCACAGAGAAACCCUAAAGACAGUCACCGGAAGUUUUGAAACCCUGGCAAUUACUCUCUCUCUAGAAUUCAUUUGAGAUUUGAUUUGAACCCCACGGAAGCUUCAGAACACAUUUCAUCAAUUCACAGAAUUCAUUUGAGAUUUGAUUUGAACCCCACGGAAGCUUCAGAGCACAUUUCAUCAAUUCACAGGCAAAGCGGUGAUGGAACCGUUGAGACACAUACUUUUAUUCUCUUCACUGCCAAAAAUACUGAAUAUUAAUUAUGGGGAAAUGAUACAAAAUGCAGUGGACCAAAUGUGACCGUUUCUGUAGGCAAAUAGCGAGGUGAAUUCCAAGUGAAUAAGAAACUUCCCACCUAAAUAAUGGAGUCUAAUGCCAUUGUUGGGAAUACAGAUUUGGAACCUCGUGAUGAUAUGGAAUUUGAAUCAAAUGAGGCAGCAUAUGCAUUCUAUAAAGAAUAUGCCAAAUCUGUGGGGUUUGGUACUGCAAAGUUGAGCAGUCGUCGUUCAAGGGCAUCAAAGGAAUUUAUUGAUGCAAAAUUUUCAUGCAUCAGAUAUGGAAAUAAACAACAGUCAGAUGAUGCCAUUAAUCCGCGUCCUUCGCCAAAGAUAGGUUGUAAAGCAAGCAUGCAUGUGAAGAGAAGGCCAAAUGGAAAAUGGUAUGUUCAUAGUUUUAUAAAGGAACAUAAUCAUGAGCUUCUACCAGCCCAAGCACAUUUCUUUCGGAGCCACAGGAAUGUCGAUCCACUAAAGAAUGAUGCUAAAAUACGAAGAAGGAAGAUUUUAGCUGCUGUGUCCAAACAGUAUGGUGCAUAUCAAUAUACUGGUUGUGUAGAGAAUUAUUUCAGAAAUCAGCAGGAUAAGGGAAGGAACUUGACUUUAGAAGAGGGAGAUGCUCAAGUGCUGCUUGAACUUUUUGUGCAUAUGCAAGAAGAGAAUCCAAAAUUCUUCUAUGCAGUAGACUUAAAUGAAGAGCAUCGUCUGAGGAAUGUGUUCUGGGUUGAUGCCAAAGGCAUGAAUGAUUAUACUAACUUUAGUGAUGUAGUGUCCUUUGACACCACAUAUUUCAUGAACAAGUAUAAAAUACCAUUGGUUCUUUUUAUUGGAGUUAACCAUCAUAUUCAGCCUACGUUGCUUGGUUGUGCAUUGAUUGCAGAUGAGACCGUGUACACAUUUGUAUGGUUAAUGCAAACAUGGUGUUUAUCAAUGGGGGGACGAGCUCCACGAGUCAUACUGGCUGACCAACACAAUGCCAUAAAAGCUGCUACUGCGUCUGUCUUUCCAGAGUCCCGUUAUUGUUUCUGUCUGUGGCAUGUAUUGGAAAAGAUUCCUAGGCAUCUCGAUUAUUUGAGCUUGUGGCAUGAUACCUUUAUGGUGAAGUUUAGUAAAUGUAUACAUAGGUCAUGGACUGAAGAACAGUUUGAAAAGAGAUGGUGGAAAUUGCUUAACCGAUUCAGUCUUAGGGAGGAUGAAUGGAUUCAAUCAUUGUAUGAAGACCGUAAGCUAUGGGUUCCUACUUUUAUGAGAGAGAUAUCUUUUGCUGGGUUGUCUACAGCUUCACGAUCUGAAAGUUUGAACUCCUUUUUUGACAAAUAUAUUCAUGGGGAUACUUCACUGAGAGACUUUAUAGAACAAUAUAAAGUAGUCCUUGAAGAUAGAUAUGAAGAGGAAGCCAAAGCUGAUUUUGAUUCAUGGCAUGAAACACCAGAGUUGAAGUCUCCUUCACCCUUCGAAAAACAGAUGUCAUUGGUAUACACUCAUGAAAUAUUCAAGAAGUUUCAAGUUGAGGUUUUGGGAGCAGCUGCAUGCCAUCUUAAGAAAGAAAAAGAAGACGGGACAGCAAUUACAUAUGCUGUUAAAGACUUUGAAGAUAACCAAGAUUUCUUAGUGGAAUGGGAUGAAUCAAAGUCAGAUAUAUAUUGUUCAUGCCGUUCCUUUGAAUACAAAGGUUAUCUCUGUAGACAUGCUGUUGUGGUUUUGCAAAUGUCUGGUGUUUUCAGCAUCCCAUUCAGAUAUAUACUGCAACGAUGGACAAACACUGCUACAAGCAAGCAUUCUAUUAGUCAAAGAUUGGAUGAGGUGCAAUCAAAGGUCCGUCGCUACAAUGAUCUAUGUCGACGAGCUAUAAUAUUGGGUGAAGAAGGGUCGUUGUCUCAAGAGAGUUACAGUAUUGCACUAGGGGCCAUAAAAGAAGCUCUGAGGCAAUGUGCAAAUGUGAAUAACUCUAUUGAUAACAACAUGAGACCCAAUACCUCAGUGACUCAUGCCAUUUGCGGUGCUGAGGAUGAGAAUCAAGUUACCACUAAAAUAUCUGAAGAGCAGGCAUCGAAUCUCAGAGUCACUAAGACAAACAAGGCUUCUAAGAGGGUGGAGUCAGGAAAUGAGAAGGCAAGUGAUGACAAUAACGCGAGUAUACAGGGGAAGGUGCCUUCUGAGUUGGAAGUUGGAAGUGUAGGGACAGUAGGUCGCUUUCACCAAAUGGAUUUUCCCAACGUGAGGCCAAUACAGCUACAUGAUAUGAUGCCAACACAUUUACAUAAUGUAGCACCAACAAUGUUUCAUAACAUGCCGUCAACACAGUUCCAUAAUAUGGCUUCAACGCAUAUACCUGACGCGCGCCUUCCCCGUUAGCUUGAACUUGUAGUUCGUUAUGUAGAGAUAGUUUGUUGUACUAAUGGUAAUAUCUCUGUUACCUGUAGAGAAUUAGAGAAGAUUGAUUUAGAAAGUUGUAACUUGUGCUUUUAUGAUUGCUUGUUCAAUUAGUCAACUUCCCUUUUUUGUUC